AUGGUUUCAAAUACUGAGGACACUAAUAUUAAUCAAGGACUGAGGUAUGUUUUAUCUAAGUUCAGCGAAACAGGCGAGAUGACGGGAUGCGUUAAAUGUGAGGCUUCAAGCGAUUUAAAUGCUCUUGCAUCGAUUGUCACAAGUCUGAUGCACCAACUACAGUUAAUCAACAAAAUUCAAUUGCCCAAGUUGAAUAAUGACAUCGCAUACUUAAAGGUUAUCACUGAGCGCAUAGUGAGUCAAAACGAGAAGAUUUUAACAAAUUUCGACAAAUCACGUAGCAAAGAGGUGAAGUUUCGUUGUCGGAAUUUGGAGUUAUCGCCUCAAAGACAAAGUGGGAAGUUGGGUAAUGAACGAGGAGAAGGACCUAAAGAGUCGACAGGAGAACAAAGCAAAUCGAAAGGAGAAAGAUCGGUGGGACGACGCACACGUCGUCGACUAAGACGCGGCAAAACAUAUCCUCUACGUAACAUGUUCAUUGUAAUGCUUAAUAGAUCUUUUCACACGCGGUCAAAGAAAAGAAAGAACUAG